AUGUACAGCAUGAUGAUGGAGACCGACCUGCACUCGCCCGGCGGCGCCCAGGCCCCCACGAACCUGUCGGGACCGGCCGGGGCGGGCGGGGGCGGCGGCGGCGGCGGCGCGGGAGCCAAGGCCAACCAGGACCGGGUGAAGCGGCCCAUGAACGCCUUCAUGGUGUGGUCCCGCGGACAGCGGCGCAAGAUGGCCCAGGAGAACCCCAAGAUGCACAACUCGGAGAUCAGCAAGCGCCUGGGCGCCGAGUGGAAGGUCAUGUCCGAAGCCGAGAAGCGGCCUUUCAUCGACGAGGCCAAGCGGCUGCGCGCGCUGCACAUGAAGGAGCACCCGGACUACAAGUACCGGCCGCGCCGCAAGACCAAGACGCUGCUCAAGAAGGACAAGUACUCGCUGGCCGGCGGGCUGCUGGCGGCAGGCGCGGGCGGCGGCGGCGCGGCCGUGGCCAUGGGCGUGGGCGUGGGUGUGGGCGCGGCGGCCGUGGGCCAGCGCCUCGAGAGCCCGGGCGGCGCGGCGGCCGGCGGCUACGCGCACGUCAACGGCUGGGCCAACGGCGCCUACCCCGGCUCGGUGGCGGCGGCGGCGGCGGCCGCGGCCAUGAUGCAGGAGGCGCAGCUGGCCUACGGGCAACAUCCGGGCGCGGGCGGCGCGCACCCGCACGCGCACCCGGCGCACCCGCACCCGCACCACCCGCACGCGCACCCGCACAACCCGCAGCCCAUGCACCGCUACGACAUGGGCGCGCUGCAGUACAGCCCCAUCUCCAACUCGCAGGGCUACAUGAGCGCCUCGCCCUCGGGCUACGGCGGCCUCCCCUACGGCGCCGCGGCCGCCGCCGCCGCCGCCGGCGGCGCGCACCAGAACUCGGCCGUGGCGGCGGCGGCGGCGGCGGCGGCCGCGUCGUCGGGCGCCCUGGGCGCGCUCGGCUCGCUCGUCAAGUCGGAGCCGAGCGGCAGCCCGCCGGCCCCGGCGCACUCGCGGGCGCCGUGCCCCGGGGACCUGCGCGAGAUGAUCAGCAUGUACUUGCCGGCCGGCGAGGGCGGCGACCCGGCGGCGGCGGCGGCCGCAGCCGCGGCGCAGAGCCGGCUGCACUCGCUGCCGCAGCACUACCAGGGCGCGGGCGCGGGCGCGGGCGUCAACGGCACGGUGCCCCUGACGCACAUCUAG